CUGAGCUCAGUGGCCGGUCGUGCAUGUCUCUUUAUCUGUAGCCCCUUACAUAAAUUUUAUUAAAUGAAUAUAGUCCUAAUUUACCCGUAGAGAAAUCGGUUAACUUAUCAAGCGGUUCCACUAUUUUAAUUGUGAAAUCUACCCUCCCGUCUGUGGCGAGUGGGGCCUGUUUCGUCUUAGAUCCGAAUAUCUCCGACCCUUCAAUCCUGGAUGCGCUGGAGGGAGUUGUGGGCUGGAAGAGGAAGCGUGGCAGGAGACCUCCUCAGUUGAUGGCUCAUAUCAAAAGUCCACCAACAUUGCUGCACAAGAAGACAGUAUUACAAACACAACUUUAAACUGUGACGUGUAAAGUGCGUAACGUGUGUGUAUCGUGCGUGGUGAGUGUGCGUGCGUGUGUCAGUGUAGCACUUUAUAUGCGCAACAAUGGGCAAAGGUGAUAAGAGAGGCGUUCAACAAAAGCCUGAUGCGGGCACCAACCUGGUGGGCAAGUUCACCCAGAGUGUUCGCAGGAUCGUCCAGGAUGUCAAGGACGAAGGCACUGCCAGUGGGCAGACGAAGGAGGAGGUGAUGGAGACCAAUGAGAGGCUGAGAGCUGUCAGAGUGAGACUGGAGGAGUCCUACGACACAGCCAAGAAGGCACUGGUCACCCUCAUGGCUAAGUACACAGAGAGCAAGAACACCCGCAAUGUGUUCCAGCGGUACACCUUGCUUAAGGCUAUGAUAAAGGAAGUAAUUCGCCUGGAGACCCAGUACUGGGCGCUUGUGGAGAUACCAAAACAGGAGAAACAGGAGACAGUUCCAGCGUUUGUGCUACGAGCUUGUGCCAUCAUGGAAAAAACGCAGAAAUCUGGGGAAGGAGUGAAGACCGCAGCCAAGAUUGCCGAAGAGGAGGAAAAACGAAGGGAAAGAAUGGAGAGGCUCAGUGAUAUGACAACAGCGCAAAUCGAAGGAGAAAACACUCAGAUGACCAACGAUCUUUACCGUCUGCUGAAGAAAUAUUCCGGCCUUAGAAAUCUCAUAAGAGAAUUAAAGAUCGAGUAUAUGAACUCUAAGGUGUACCCCAUCUUCCCACGAUACACCAUUCUAAAGGACCUGAUAAAGGACAUCAUGCACCACCCAGAUUACAUGGAGGUUUGCCACGAGGUGGACACCGUCUAGUAGACAUUGGCUGCUGUACGCAACGUUCCCGACUACUCAACACUAUCAAUGUUGUAUAAACUAAACUGUAAAGACAAAUCAUUAAUGCCAUGUUUAUAACAGUGUAACUGUUCUUAUGUAUUAGAUAAAAGUAAGGCUGUUUGAAUUUGGUCAUUUUUUAUUGCUUUAGCUUUAAAGCUCUGAAAAUGAGUUAGGAAUGCCUUAUUCUUACUUGUUGUUUGACUAUGCAUAGAUUGGUGAUGGAAAAACUGCACUUUCAUAAACCAUUAAAAUACACUUAUAAAAAAAUAAUUCAGAGAAAAAGAGGUAGUAGCUGUGUACUAAGUACUACAUUUUACAGAUGAAGUUUUUAAAAUUAUAUUACACAAUCAGCAACGGUAUAUUACAAAAGUAGCUUGAAAAUAUCAGUUUAACAAUAAUUUACAAUACUGUGAUUAUAGGUUUUACAAUAACUUACAUUACCAAUCAUGCAUAGCCGAUAAAAAAGUAUGUAUUUUUUAUCAAAUAGAUAAACUUUUCACUUAACCUAGCUGUGAUGAGGGUGUAUGAGAUAUCAACUCAGGGUACUGAUCUGCUCUAGCAUCUUAUGACUGACUCAAUAGCAACAAUAUGAGUUGUUAAAAAUCAGUAUUAAAGAAUAGGUUGAAAAUACACCACCUGUAUAAAGCAGAGAAUAGUUUUGGGCACAUAGCUGUGGUUAUCUACUAAUCUAUUUGUAAAAUAAUGUUUUAUUCUUUGAUUUCCAAAUUGUAACAUUCAAUUGCCGAAUGGUUUUUAAAUCACUGUUAGAGACUUCAAUAAAUAUUUGUGAUUAUGGUUUUCCAACAAUUUAUCUCUAUUUAAACUAGUAAGUUCAAUGUGAGGAGAAAUUAAUAACCUUGGCCAAUAAAUGUUGAAUGUUCACAGUCAGUAGAUUGUUCAAACUGUCUUGCAAAGUAUUAUAAAAUGUUCACCAUCUCUUACAGAUAAUAUGUUACCGGUAGUUUGAAAAUUCCUAAACAAGACAUUCACUGCCAAUGUAUUGGAUAGUAGAUUACACAUAUCUCUUAAUUUCUUCAGCUCAUUAUUCCUAUUUUACACUGUAAAAAGCCUCACUAUUUAAACUGUUUUGGUUCCUAUAGUCUUUUACCAAAUUUGUUUAGUAAUUUUUACCUUUAUACAUUCAGAUAAUAAUAUAAAAGCUUGAAGUUUAGUUUUCUUAAAAUUGUAACUAAAUGAAUGCUUCUACAUGUCUUUUACAAGUUUAUUGUCUACAUGUCUAUGUCGUGUCUAUGUGAUGCCUAUUACAUAAACUGUUUUUACUAUUCCUCAUCUAUCAUAGAAAUAAUUACUUAAUACAGCUUAUAAACUAUGUAAAUGGUCAAUGAAGUUUUGCUGAAGUGCAGAUUAGUUCUUUAAUAGUAAGAUAUCUUGUUGAAGAAAAUAUUUUUGUAGUUUUUCCUUGUGCAUUUGGUGGAAUUGUUCAGGUGGUUUGUUAUCUGUUCAAAAUAAAAGUAACAGUUUCUUACAUUAAAAUGUAAUAAACCAAAAACAAAGAUUUGUUUGGUAAAAAUGAAAUGUUAAUUGAUUCAGUAAAAGGUUGUUAGAUACUUUAUAUAUUUUAAACUACUAGCUGCUUUCACUACCUAUCACACUUAUGCAUACCACAGUCAGAGUCAGGGUACAAACAAAUCCAACACAGUUGGACACAAAUAAGUGACGAACUUCUUUAACAUCUAGCCAGUACAAAUAUCAACUUUUUAAAACUAAGAAAAAUUAUACAAACGGGUAUGACUAUAUAACAUAGAGAUACUUCAACAGUUGUGGUUACACUGUCUAUCAUUCCAAAAUUGUGAAGACACUAGAAAAAAUGUUAACAUUCUCAAAUGAAGAGCAGCGGUCAUAUACCGAGCUAUGCUCCUCACUGUUCAACACGGAAGCUUUGGAGCAUCAUUACAGGCCGUACUGUGCAUGGCUGCACCAUGGAAUGUGUUUGUACCCUAACUACACUAUUUUGAAAUAUGAAAAUGCCAUUCCCACGAGUUAGUCAUUAGUAAGUUACUCAUACGAAAAAAUUCACUUACCACUUGAUGAAAUCUAAGAAUUCUAAAUUGUGUAACUAAGAAGUUUUUAAGCCAUCUGCAAUUAAAACAAUUAAAUAUUCCGAUUCUUUCUUCGUUAUCUUAGUUUGGUAGUUUAUUUUGAAAGUAUACAGCAUUUGUCUAUUGUUUAACACCCUGACAAUCAACGAUUUUGUAAAACACACAAGAACAUUACGGUACGUGUUUCACUAAUAUUCUAGUGUUUGUAUACAAGUAUUCCUUUAUCAUGAUUGUCGAUGCUAUUGAUAACUUUGCUAUGGAUGUUUCCAGUUGAUCUGGAAGGUAAGAUUUCAUUCAAUAUUGACUGCUGGGCACUCAAUAUUCGGCACAGUAUUAUACAUUAUUGUUGAAUACUAAGUUGCAUAGAGCCAGUAGACAGAGUUUAAUCAUAUUGUUUCUUUACUAUUUUCUCCUCGGCAGACACUCCCUUAAUUAGCUCAUAACCAAUCAUUCAGCUCAGUAGCAUAACAAACCUCAACCGGUCAGAUUAACAUUGAAUUGUUUUGGUAAAAAAAGUAUAGGCACACUUCUGUUUUCAAAAAAAGUGUAAUAAUAAUAACACAACAUUUUGGAUAACAUUUUUGUGAACUAAUAUUGAGAUUGAUUUUAAUGAAAAUAUUGAGGUUGUUGAUGAAUGCUUGAGCUCCUACAAGACAGGAUUUAUGGAGUAAGUUAUGCCACUGUCUCAUAACAUUGUCUGUUUUUGCAGACAGUAUUUGAGUUAAAAAAAAAAUAAUUUUCACAGGAGUCACGUUUAUAAGGCAUCGGGGCUCACGUUAGACCAAAUCUUUUGUUUGUUUCAUAAAAAAAAACAAUUGAUGUGUUACAUUGAAUAUAACUGUAUCAUGAGCGAGCGGGUGAAUAUUUCAAUUUGAAGUUUUUUUUUGUUUAUACAACUCGACUAGUUUUAUAUUACACUUUGAACUAGAAAUUAAAACUAGAUACUUAAGUUGCCUUAUUAUUUUUACACUUGUUGCAGUAUAGAUAUAUCCUCAUUCUUAUUAUCAAUAAUAAUAAUGACUUUAGUAGUGUCCACCUUUUUUAUGAAGGAUGUUUCUGAAAUUAGCAUCUUUAAUAAAAUAUUAUAAAGAAGGAAUUCAAUUGAAUUAUGUAAAUAUGACAAGAAUCAUAAGGGGGAACAAAUACAUGCUAUUUGACACAAUACCUUUGCCAAACCUUAGAUGUUGUACGUUCACUCAUAGUUUGAUAAUGAGUAAUCUUUUCUUUGUAAAUAAAUGCACUAUUACAAUGUACUGUGGUCCCAACACAAGCUAUGGUCACAAAUAGAUUAACUAGAAUUUUUAUUCGUAGCGUUUUCAAAAUGGUGCUUCUCAGGGCCGGGUUUAAGACACAACCAGAAACAGCCAAAUGUAAAAGUUAAAACUUACAAUGAAGGAUGAAAAUCAGCUGUACUUAAUAAAGAUUAUUAGGAGAUAUAAUGAAAGCGAUAUGGGAAAUAAAUUAAAAUUUCAAACACAAAAACAUAAUGUCCCUAAUAUGGCUCUGUUUGAAAUAAAGGAGCAUAAACAUCAGGAAAUAAUUUAUUAAUUAAUAUUAUAAGGCCUUACCUUAGCAAUCCUGUUUUAUUGCUAAGGCAAGGCCUUUUAAUAUCAAUUAUCAUAUAAGCAAUCCAGAUGGCAAAAAUGAUUGAUAAGAACAUUUGUACCAAUGAGCUUAGCUUUUUAUUCAGUAGCACCAUUAUCUUUGGGACACUUAAGUUCUAUUCAUAGGCGAAGGUAGCAAACAGAAAUUAUAAACACUAGAUUUUAAUGACAACUAUUCUUAUCCAGACUUUCAGACAAUAAUUUUCUGAACAUAAUUGAUUCAUACAAGAUUUUUCUGAAUGAAGAUAAAUUUGUUUAAUGCUGGAGUGGAUAUCAUAUUGAAUCUAUUUAAGAAGGUACAAAACAUUGACAAUCCAUUUUUAUUUUACCAAAAACUAUUUUUUUUUUCAUUUUGGUCGCGAAGUAAUUUUAAGGAUUCACAUUCUCAAUCAACUAAGUGGGCUGGAAAGAAAAUAAUUGAAACCUGUUGAAAGCAAUUAAAAAGAAAUAAUGUUAAAUCCGCCCCUGCUUGUAUUUCAAAAGUACCUGUGUCUUUUUCCAGUUAAGGGCACCAACAGUACAAACAAACCAUAUCAAGCAUUGUAGUUGCUCUGUACUGUGUAGAAUAGUGUCGAACCACACGGCUAAUUAUGCUAACCCUCACUGUAAACUCUCGCUUGUCACAUCACUGGCAUAAUAUGUAAAUGUCAAGCCAGGAUCCAAAUAGUUAGAAGGGAUCUUUAAGAAAAAUAAAUACAAAUUUUAUUAAUGUUUUUUAACAUUUAACAUUUUAUUGACAGAAUACUAUUUCAGAGACAUCCUGCAUUUAUGAGAUUUUAGAUUGUUCAAAGGUGUGUUGCUUUAGCAACUAAGCUGAUUAAACAUAAUUUUCCUUAUUUUUAGAAAUAUGAUAAGUUUUACGUAAAAUAGAAAAAUAUUUUGUUCACUCAAGGUGCUAAAACUACUUUCAAUAUGCCUCCUUAAGACAGAAACAGAACCGAUCCUAACACUGUUAAAUUGGUUUGAUUGAAUUGGUUUGGUUCUGUUGAGAUUUGGUCUUCACAGAGUUAUUUUCUAAUGUACAGUAUUCAAUUCAAACCAAUAAGUUACAUGCUGACAAAGUACAGGGUCUUACUCGUUAUAGUUAUAUCAUGCCUUGGGGGCAGUUGAAUUAAGUCAAUUAAUUACUCAAACAUAUAAGGACAUGGAUUAUUUUUAUAUAAUGCAGAACCAAUGUUGAUGUUUGAUUUGUUGAUUGGCAUUUUAUCGGCCUAAACUUGUAUGUUGUGAGUAUAUUUUGUGAUAAAUAUUUUGAAACUUUAGUUUUUCAUACCUGACAUUACAAUAAUUGUGUUCUGAAUGUUUUAGAAUCAUACAGCUUUUCUGUCUUCUAAGAUAAAGCAUAGUUUCAUAUUUGUAAUUGUAUUAGUGAAAAGUCAAGAAUGUUUUUCUACCUGUAAAUGUUAACCACAGGCUGGGUGCUGUGCAUUCUAUUUCCAAACUGAAUUUACACUUUGAUUACAUAUUUUUAUUUUGAAGUGAAAACCUUGAUGCUACCUUUACUUAAUCUAAGCCCGUUACAUUUUUUAAUGAAAUAUGCAUCAAUGACAAAGUUACCUACCUGAUAUAUAUUUGUCAGGUCCUGAAAGUAUUACAGUGAGAGCCUUGAUUGUAUAACUUCUUCUGUUUUAUGUCUAGAGAAAUUAAUUUUAUAAAAAAUAAUUUCAAAGAUAGUGUUUGAAGUAAAUCUUUUGCCUCUUUUAAUUGAAGAGAAUGUUAAUGAAUUACGUGAAAGAGUGUAAUCUUAAUCAAAUGGUUAAGAUGCAUCAUUUUGGCAAUAAUAAGUCCUAUAUGUUAACAAGAUAGUAGUGAAUUACUCCAAUUGAGUAUGUUUAAAAUGUUAUACUACAGGAUUGCCACCAAGAAAUCAUUUUUCAACAAAAACUCGAAAGGGACAAUAGACAUUUAUUAAGAAACAGAACAUAGCGCUUUACAUAACAUUAUAAAAAUAAAUAUACUGAUAUCUGAACAUUCAAAACACAAUUGGCAACGACUUUCUUUUGAACUUGGGUUAUGUGUAACUAAGCCAUGUAAAAGAAUUGAAAACAUUAAGUGUCUGUCUAGUGAAUGUUUUGCAGCCUCUAUAGAGUUACUCCACUAAGUUUUAACUGUAGUUCUGUGUUCAUGAAAUACUGUACCGGUAUUCAACAUUACUGUAGGCCUACAGCCAUUACAUCUCCUAUCUCCAUAGCUCGGUUAGACUCAUAGGUUCAAACCUGAAUAAUUAAUUUUAACAAUUCCAUCAACUUACUGCCUGAAUGUUCAGACUGUUAGGAAAGUCUGCUUUGGUGCAAGGAUCUAUGUUUAGUCUGGUAUAGUCACUAAAUAAAUACAUUAGACACAUUGAUUUGUAAAGUGUACAAAAUAGUUAUUUACUGGUACCGUACUCCGUGUUGUUUAUGUUAAUAUUAUACUAGUUAAGCAUUAGGUGUUUGACAGCACAGUUGAAUUGAUUAAGGAAUGAUUGUCCCAGAUAAUUUAUAAAAUUGUUCAGUGAACAUUUGUUGUUAACAAAUUGAAACAGAACACCUACAAUGAAAAAUUCAUACACAAUACUAAAUCUAACUUUUAUAGUAUGAGUGGAAUCAAAGAGGGAAUGACUUGAGCUUUAAGAUCAACUUAAACAUUGAAAGUAAAAUUUAAGCUUAUGAACUAAAAGUCUCAUCACAAAUAUGGAAGUAUGUUGAACAGAAAACUUACUGAACAAUUUUAUUUAAUGUAAAAUGUUUUAGGCAUUGUCUAAAAAAAAGAGAGUUGCCUGAUUAUUGUAGCGUUGAACGUGUUGGUUGUAAAAGUUUUAAAAUGUACAUCAAAAUAUAUUUCUAUUUUGUUAAUAUAUUGUUGAGAUACUAAUCUAUUAUUGAUGAUAUUAGGAUAUUUACUACAAUUUUGUUGAUAGGUUAAAAUUUAUUGUAUUUUUUCUUCUUCCUGCCUGAUUUUGUUGUUAACAGCAUCUUUUUAAUCCAUGGCAAAAAACCACGAAACUACCAUACAUCUAACAAAUUGCUUUACUAGCAUUUAUGUUUAGAAUCUGUCAUGUCAGUGUCAUAUAAAACUACUGUACACUCAAUUUAGUUUUUUUUUCUUUUCAAUAAAUACCUAAGGUUUCAGUUGCAAAAUAAAAUCACCACAGCUUAGUCCAGAUUACACCAUUGCAAGGAAGUUGAACUUAGUAAAGAAAAGCUGUGCUGCAAGUGUUAAGCAAAACUUGACAUUACUUCUGCAAACGUAAAUGACCUAUACAUUGAAAUCCUGGCCCUUCAUUAGAAAGUGGCGAGGAUUGGUCACAUCCUUAUCACUCUUGAUAUUAUUCUAAAAAAAAAGGUAAUAAGGUACAGUUAACAACAAUAUCAUGUGGGAUGGAAGGAAUGUGUAAAUAGUUUUACCAUUGUCUAACUAAGAAAGGGGUCUGUAAGUAAUCAAAUUAUAAUGGUAAUUUCAGAUUUGUAGCAUUAUAAUGUCAAUAAAAUCCGUUCCCAGUUCUGGUUCUUAAAUUAAAACCUAAGGAACACCAACUAUGGGUCUCUUUAUAUACAGGGUGUUUUUUUUAAAGCAACUCAAAUUAUAAGUAUUGUGAGACAUAUUUUAACAAAAAAAUAAGGCCAUAUGUUGGUAUUCCUGUUUUCUUCACUUCAUUGCCUUCAUCAGUGUUUUUCUAAGCUUAAUAGAGUAUGCAUUGUAGGUAUACAUUUUCUAAGUAUUCUUCUACAAUAUAUACUCUUGAGCUUGUGAAAACACCAUGUUGAGUCUUAUCUUCAUCCAAUAGUCAAUGGUUUUAUUCAUUAUAAAUUCCUAAAACACUAAACCUCAUGGACAACAAUGCAACAAUGCAUAUCAGCCGAUAAGCAAUGAAGUGAAGAAAACUGGUAUACAAACAUAUGAGCUUGUUUUGUCGUUCUAUAGGUGUCUCACAGUACUUGUCAUUUGGCUAACGUUAUAAAAACUCGCUGUAUGACAAAUUAAAGAUAAUAAAAUCAUUUAUAAAAACUGUUUUUGAGUUAUUUACAUCCAAACUGUUUGUGUAGUAUUUUUAGAUGCCACCCUCUACAACCACAUUUGAUCAAUUCAUUUUAACAGACCCCUAAUUUAAGGACCAAAGGUCUCUAUGUACGUUUAUAGUACUGUUUAGUUAGGCUAUUGUGUACGCUUAGUGUAGUAGUUUACGUCUAUCGGCUAGGCUUCAUCAAGUUGUGCGAUAUGCGAUACAUGACUGCCAGCAAAUAUCUAUCACUUUGUUUGUUGUAUAGGUAUUAACAAUAUCGGGAACAAUUAUAAUUUCAUGUGCAUUUAAUGGUGUGACUGUGCGUUUGUGUUAGUCAAUGAGACAUGUUAUGUAUAACAAGCAAAUGGAGCAUUGUAAACUGUUGAUGUUACUGCAAGAAUGUAAUGUGUCGCCAAAUCAUUAGUUUUUGUUUGUUGCUUUAUUUUUAAUAAAGAAUGGAUAUCUUUUAAGCAAAGCAUUUA